UCAAACGCCGAGAUGUUCGCAAAGAUGGUAUCUGCAUUAUGGAUGAUUUUCCUGAUAACCCUCAGUAUUCUGUUGAAGCACCUGAACAGUUCAUGCAGUAUCACAGAGUAUGAAUUUAAGGGCGUCUGUUGUCCAAAAUGUGACCCAGGUUUAUAUGUUGAAGAACACUGCACAGAGUAUGGUGGAACAAUUUGUCAUUCCUGCAAUACUGGUACCUAUCAAGACAGUUUAAACGCGGAUGAGGACUGCCUUAGAUGUACCAUUUGUGGAGAAGGAACAUAUGAAAUCCUGGCUUGUUCUUCUACUCGGGACACAGUAUGUGAUUGCACAGAAGAAUUCUACUGCACCAACAUCACCAUAGACGGUUGUCGGGAAUGUUUGAAACACAGGCGCUGCCCGCCAGGAGAGCAGGUGAUAAGGAAAGGAAAUUACAGGAGAAACACGGAAUGUGGUCCAUGUGCAAAUGGCAACUGUUUUACUGAAGGAUCAUCUGAAAAAGGGACAAAAAUGACUGAGACUAAAAGUAUCACUGCAAAUGCAACAAAUCCGGAGUGUAAUCAAACCACCAAGAUAAUAUUAUCAGUCAUUGUGGUCUUUCUAGUUCUACCCUACAUAUUCCUUUUACGGAAACAAAUCUUAAAAUAUUUUGGCUUGACUUUUGGAUCCUGGUUAAAGCGGAAGCCUGGUAACGUUGGUAAUUCCAAUCCAAGUCUCCAAGAAUCAGUGGAAGAGCAGGGACAACAUCCCAAGAACAUAAAUUGUGUAGCUUCUUCAGCGGAGGAGUCAACAUAUUUCAUCACCCCAGUCUCUGACUUGAAAGAUGACAAACUGUGCGGCAGGGGCACAAAGAGCACCAAGUACUCAGAACUGAAGCUCGCUCAGCAUGAGAUGAAAUCAGAAGUUCAUACAAUUUCGGCCAUCAAGUCAUCCAGCUCUGUGGAACCUUUUAGGAAUAAUAUUUGAUUAAGCGUCAUUCGGCAAGAACAUGGAAACCACCAUCUUUGUUCAAAACAAA